AACACGGGAUCUUGGUACGAGCCCUUCAUUGAGAGCGGGUCAGAGAGAGAAGAACCUCCGUCCGACCCUCAUGGCCUCAUUCAUCUCCCCUCUCUUUGCAUCUCGGUCUUUCUCUAGAUCCGAUCUCCCGAAUAUCUCUUCUAAGACCCUAACUUGAUCCUGGAAUGGCUUUCUACCGGCUCAUUGGCGAGUGGUCGCGAUCUCGCCGGUGGAGAAGGUAUGCGCGAGUCUGGAAGCGGAGAUGCCCCCUCUGGAUAUUCUCGCUCUGUUUGCUUUCUUUAGUUUAUCUCUCCUUCUUCGAUAUAAAGGUCCAAUUCCAUGGUUUGCGCCACGGGCUGGUGAACCAAGGAAUUUCUGUAGAUGAAAUUGGUGAACUGGAGUUCUCUAGACCUCCAAGAGCCAAAUCUCGCAAACAUCAUGUUCAAUGUGAAGUUGGAUUUCUGGAGUCAGUUGAUGACCUUGUGGAGCCAGAAAACUACAUGAAUUUUACACAAUUUUUGCUAAGAUACAUCACUAAAGAGGAGAUACCUCGUGGGAACAAUGUAUUUGAGCCUCGAUUUGGUGGACAUCAGACCCUUAAACAAAGAGAGAACUCAUACUAUGCUAGAAGUCAAACACUUCAUUGUGGUUUUGUCAAAGGACCAGAGGGAUUCCCUAGCACUGGAUUUGAUUUGCAUGAGAAGGACAAAGAAUACAUGGCUACUUGCAAAGUUGUGGUAUCAUCUUGCAUUUUUGGAAGCUCUGAUUUUUUGAGGAGGCCAACAAAGAGUAAGAUUCGCGCAUAUUCUAAGAAGAAUGUAUGCUUCGUGAUGUUCCUGGAUGAGCUAACAUUGGCAAAACUUUCUUCAGAAGGACAAAUUCCCGAUGACAACGGGUACAUUGGUCUGUGGAGAAUAAUUUUAGUGAAUAACUUACCAUAUGCAGAUAUGCGGAAAUCUGGGAAGGUGCCGAAAUUUUUGUCCCACCGACUUUUCCAAUCAGCUAGGUAUUCUAUUUGGAUUGAUAGCAAAAUGCGUCUUCAAGCUGAUCCUCUGCUGAUUCUUGAAUACUUUUUAUGGCGGAAGGGGUCAGAAUAUGCUAUUUCAAGCCACUAUGACCGCCAUUGUGUUUGGGAAGAAGUUCUUCAAAACAAGCGCUUGAAUAAAUAUAAUCAUUCUGCCAUUGAUGAACAGUUUCAAUUCUACCAGUCAGAUGGUCUGAUCAAGUUUAACGAGUCUGACCCUAGUGUUCCUCUUCCGAGUUAUGUACCUGAAGGUUCAUUUAUUGUGCGUGCACACACACCCAUGUCGAAUUUAUUUUCGUGCCUUUGGUUUAAUGAAGUGAGUCGGUUUACCUCACGGGAUCAGUUGAGCUUUGCAUACACUUUCUUGAAGCUAAGAAGAAUGAAUCCUGGAAAACCAUUUUUCCUAAACAUGUUUAAGGACUGCGAACGGAGGGCAAUAGCUAAAUUGUUUCAUCACAGGACAGAAGAUUCACAUCCUCCACCUGCUUCUUGAUGGUGAAUUUUUUUUUGAGAAAUUCUUCUUGGUAGAGGAUUUUUUUUACAUAUUACUAUCAGAUUCCAGCUUGGUUAUCAUGGGGAUGGGCAGUUCUAGCUGCCAGUUCUUCAGCUGCUAUUAGACAAUCUGACGGCUGAAGUUCUCUGCAGUUUGAUGUACCUGAAUUGAUUUAUAUCCAGAACUAUGAAAGGAAAGCAUAAGGCUCUUCAGAGGACAUUCAGGCUAGUCAUCAUGUGCAGUCUUGUAAUUGGUGUUAUGUAUCUGAUUUCUCUCUCUCUCUCUCUCUCUCUCUGAGAGCAUCAAAUUCACUGUAUAUCAUUUCUCCGUCCAAUUCAAAUUUUAUUGUGCUUCUCAUUCUUUCGUACUAACUAUUUUUUAACAAAAGCCAAUCACAUUUUCCUAGCAUGUUUCUGAAAAUGUUGUACAACAAUUGAUUUGGUAGUAACUGCCUCGCUAAUUUCACAUUUGCAAUGAAGAAUACUCAAUAUUAUGAGA